UUUUAGACAAAGAUGGUGUAGUUUCAAAAGUCAUAGUUUACUGUGAAAUAUUUCCAUAUAAGAGGAACAGAUCAAAGCAGCAAAAAGAAUAAUAUUAGCAAUGUUGGACUAUGACUGGGGAGAACAAUCAUCGGUUAUGCUUUCAGGGGAAGAACCAAAUCAAGAAAAUGACCAAAAUCACCAUCAGUUCUUUGACCCUUUUGCAAACACUAGUCAUCAAACUUUCACUGAAAACCCAUCUUUACUAAAUCCCCAACAACACCAUUUUCUUAACACAAGUCACCAACAACAAAAUCACCAAUUUUUUCACCCCCAUUUGAACAACACUAGCCUUUACGACCCACGUUGUGCUUAUGAAACCACUAAUUAUAACACACACCACCCACCCACUCAAGGGUCCAUGCCCUCACUGCACCAACAACCAAAUACUGGGUUCAUAAUGGUCCCAAAAAGUGAACCACAGUUUAUGGGUGGUGCCCCCGGGGUUCGUGAUUUUGCGAGCACGAGUCGGAUUGGAUUGAAUUUGGGCGGGCGGACUUAUUUUUCUUCGUCUGAAGAUGAUUUUGUGAACCGACUUUAUCGACGUACUAGAGCAGUGGUUGAAGGUGGUUCAGUAGUGAAUACUCCUAGAUGUCAAGCUGAAGGCUGUAAUGCUGAUCUAACACAUGCCAAACAUUACCAUAGGAGACACAAAGUUUGUGAAUUUCACUCCAAAGCUGCUACUGUUAUUGCCGCUGGCUUGACUCAACGAUUCUGCCAACAGUGUAGCAGGUUCCAUCUGCUGUCGGAAUUUGAUAACGGGAAGAGAAGUUGCAGGAAACGUUUGGCAGAUCAUAACAGAAGGAGGAGAAAAAAUCAACAAGCAAAUAUAGAAAACAGCAACAAGUCUCAACUUGGCAGUACCAGAAAUUCCUCAUCGGACAGUCUUGCAAGGUCUCCACCAGAUUCAGGAGCUCAUUCUUCAUCAGUGACAGUAGCAAUUUCACCACCAAGAAUCUCACUGGAUUGUUUUGGGCAAAGACCGUAGCAAAACUGCUGCUACAACAUUAUUUCAUCAUUGACAAGUUCAUGACUUUUCUUCUCCGAUGGGUGACUCCAUGAUCUGCUUCCUUUAAUUCUGAUUUCAAGCUCUAAUGGCAACUACCACUACCAACUAUUAGUACUAAUUACUACUAUCUAAUAGGUUAAAAUGAUUGAAGUAUUAGAAUUAUGUUAACCCCUUAUAUUUUGUCCCACUUUCUAUUAUUUCCAAUAUCUUUUAGUAUUAGAAUGAUUUUAACCCAUGGAUUUCCAUUAAUUCCAAUCUUUUUCACAUAAGAUUGGGAUUUGAGUAUUACUAUAUAGGGGGACUGUUUAUUGUAUUGUCACUUGUAGAAAAAUAUUAAUCUUGAAAAUGGGAAAGGAUUGAAAAUGAUUUUCCCAAUUUGUACUUUGGAAUUCUA